UAACCAAGUCUUCCUCGCGUAGCCCUCAUAGGGAUGCAGCUCUCGUAAUUAAUCUCAAAAGUGGUACAUACAUAAAAAAUGGGAAUAUUAAGCAGUUCAGGGGGUGGAGGAGUUAGUCUUUCCGGUGGGGGUGGGGGCGGUGGGUUAUACGCAGGUGAUAGUGGUCUCUGCGUUUUUACCUGUGCCGCCAUCCUCUCCCUUGCGUCCCUCUUUGAUUUCGAUAUCGGGUCGGAAAGUGCCUUCUUUGCCACGACGGGAUUGGGAGCCUUGUGUUUUACGGAUUGUCAAUAUUUGAGACUGGUGCAGCAAAGGGGUGGAUUUCAUGGCAAGGCAGGGUUCGGUAAUCGAGAUGACCUGGUCAAAUCCUUCGGUUGGACACUAGCAGAUCUCCAAUUUGGACGCGGGGGAGGUCGCCGUAGAAGAAAAAUACUACCUGAGGAAAUGCACCACCAGGACGAAGUUUUAAUUAUGAGCCACUCUUUCAAGAAUAAGCGGAAAUCCAGUUUACAUGGCAUUCCUGAAAAAAGUUCGUGAAAGCGAUGCAAAACGAGUUUUUCAAAAUCUUGUCCUGGAUAUUGUUAUGUUUAUUCCCCGAGAGAGAGAUGACAAUUUCUAAAAAUAUUUAUUUCUAUUUACUUGGAGACCAUACAUUAUUAGCUCACCCUGCGUAGCAUGAGAGCUAUUGAAUUCCUCUUGUCCGUCCGUCUGUCUGUGUGUUCACGAGUUUUUUGCAUCAAUUGAUGCUAAUUAAUAAGUCCCAAGACCAUUUUAACCCUAAUUUGUAGCACAAUUGGUAUCAAAAAAUCGUUAACGCAAAAUGGUGCGAAAUAAUUGGAGGAAUCGAUGUAUUCUGCACCAAGGAUUAUGAUUAACUGAAAGUUCUAGUUAGCCUUGGCUGACAUAACUUAACCUCGAAAUCGUGUCAAAAUUUAGUCCCAAUUUUAACCAAUUCGGCUGCACCAUUGGUGCAACAUUAUAUCAAAUUUCUGUUACCCCCCGUUUAUUCUGUACCAUUGGUGCACAAUUAUAUAAAAAUUAUGCAUCUAUUUUAUCCGCUUAUUUUGCACCUUUGAUGCAAAAUUAUGUGCAACUAAUUAUUCCAGGGUGAGCUACUUCUAACGUUACUACGGUUUAUUCCACUUACUAAGCGUAUGGUUGUGGUUCGAAAUAUGAACAUAAGAGGUACAUAUGUAUGUUAAUAUGAACACACAUACUUACAUAUGUAUGUGUAUGUUUUUUUAAUAUUUUAAAUUAUUGUUCCCCUCCAAUUGUUGUGUUAAGCUUAUAUAUGCUACAUAAGUAAUAUUUGUCAGAAAAUAUUGCAAAAUAUACAGAUAUUAACUGAUACCCCGUAGCUGGAAAUAUUUUGAGACAAAUCCAUUAUUUACAGCUCAUAUGUACAAAAAAGGGGGUACUUAUUAUUUAAUUCUCUCUAAAUGGAAAACGGGGAAUCAAACCUUCGUGUGAUCAUAUGAGUCAGCAUAGAAGUCUUCCGUCGUCUAGUUGUUGUUGAGUUGAUAGACACGCGAAGAAGAAAUAUAAAUGCGCAACUUAAAAGUUGUUUGUAGUUCUAAAUUUAAACAAGUAGCGAUCGACUGUGCAAGGAAAUAAUAAACAACAUGUUUUGAA